GAAUACUGAUUGCUCUUCUUCAACAUGUUCAUGAUGAAAUUAUUAGUAAUACUUAUGUCUUCUGGACUUGUAACUGGUUUUAGAGAUAACCCUUCUUACAGUUUUCCACCCAAGUUACUACUGGUUUCCUUUGAUGGCUUCAGAGCUGACUAUCUGCAGAACUAUGAAUUUCCUCAUCUCCAGAAUUUUAUUAAAGAAGGUGUCUUGGUAGAACAUGUUAAAAAUGUUUUUAUCACAAAAACAUUUCCAAACCACUACAGUAUUGUGACAGGCUUGUAUGAAGAAAGCCAUGGCAUUGUAGCUAACUCCAUGUAUGAUGCUGUCACAAAGAAACAUUUUUCUGACUUUAAUGACAAGGAUCCUUUUUGGUGGAAUGAGGCAGUACCUAUAUGGGUGACUAAUCAAGUUCAAGGAAACAGAUCAAGUGCUGCUGCUAUGUGGCCUGGUACCGAUGUAUCCAUUCACAAUGUCACACCUUCCUAUUUUAUGAAUUAUAACUCUUCAGUGUCAUUUGAAGAGAGACUAAAUAAUAUUACUAGGUGGCUGAGCAGUUCGAACCCACCAGUCACGUUUGCAACACUCUAUUGGGAAGAACCAGACGCAAGUGGCCACAAAUAUGGACCUGAAGAUAAAGAAAACAUGCGCACAGUGUUGAAAGAAAUAGAUGAUCAUAUUGGUGACCUAGUCUAUAAACUCAAAGUGUUAGGAUUGUGGGAAAAUCUUAAUGUGAUCAUUACAAGUGAUCAUGGAAUGACCGAGUGCUCUAAGGAAAGACUGAUAAACUUGGAUCACUGCAUCAAUCGUACAUACUAUAUUCUUAUAGAUUUGUCCCCAGUUGCUGCAAUAAUUCCAAAAAUAAAUACAACAGAGGUUUAUAACAAACUGAAAGGGUGUGAUCCUCACUUGAAUGUUUAUCUUAAGGAAGACAUUCCCACCAGAUUUCACUACCAACAUAAUGAUCGUAUUCAGCCUAUUAUUUUGGUUGCUGAUGAAGGCUGGACAAUUGUGCAAAAUAAAACAUUAACAAAAUUAGGUGACCAUGGUUAUGAUAAUUCAUUGCCUAGUAUGCAUCCAUUUUUAGCUGCCCACGGUCCUGCGUUUCAUAAAGGAUACAAGCACACCACAAUUAACAGUGUGGAUAUUUAUCCAAUGAUGUGCCACAUCCUGGGAUUAAAACCACAUCCCAAUAAUGGAACCUUUGGCAAUACUAAGUGUUUGUUAGUUGACCAGUGGUGCAUUAAUCUCCCAGAAGCCAUUGGAAUUGUUAUUGGUGCACUUUUGGUGUUAACCACUUUAACGGGCCUUAUAAUAAUCAUGAAGAACAGACUGUCUGUACCACCUCAGUUUUCCCGACUUCAGCUACAAGAUGAUGAUGAUCCUUUAAUUGAGUAACGUACUGGGGGGCUUUAUAAAAUGUCUUUGAUUCAUUACAAAACUAAGAAUAUACCCAAGGAAUGGUGUUACAACUAUGAAAAGCUGUUUUGAAAGACAAAGAAUUAGACUAAGCAUGCUGAAUUUUUUUUUGUUUUUUCUUGUGUUUUGCUUUGGUGUAUUAGCCAAUGUAAAUAACCAUGACCAUAGUAAAAAUUGUUAGUAAAUCAUUAUUAGUUCUCUAACUAGAAACAUCUUUUGAGAAAAAUAUUCCCUCUGCUUUCAUGUGUGUUCUGUGUGAUGAAGAAGUGAUUCAUCUUUAAAUGAGAAUAUACCAAAAUUUAGUAGGCAUGCAUUUCUAAUACAUUUAUAUAUUUGUAAAUGAAAGAACA